GUAGCACCAGCUCCCCCACAUGUUCCUAAAGGGUGUACCUACCUACACCUACCCCUACCUGUAAGUACCUUGGAUACCUCAGGUUAGGUACUUAAACCUAUCGCGAAGCCGAGGCUUCAACUUCUCCCACUACCGACAAACUUAUUGGUAUGAUAUUCCCGGCCUCCGGUCCUCAACUUACCCGCUAAAUUUGGCUUCGUCUCAAGGCUCGAAGUCUCCGAAUUGCCUUGCCUUGCCGGGUUUGAACACGACGACAUCUGCAACCUUUGGAGCCGUCGUCCAUGGGCCAUUGGUCCGGUCUUUGUGCAGCGACGCUAUGGCUGCCAUGCUGGAGUUCCACACCCCUGGCUGGAACCCGUACGCUGUCAAAUACUCGCCCUAUUACGAUUCGCGCAUAGCCGUCGCGUCCGCGGCCAACUACGGUAUCGUGGGAAAUGGCCGUGUGUUUUGUCUCGGCCUGGGGCCGCGAGGCGUCCAGGUCGAGAAGACGUUCGACACAAACGAUGCCCAGUACGAUCUUGCCUGGUCAGAAAUCAACGAGAACCAGCUGCUUGUUGCAUGCGGCGAUGGCUCGAUAAAGCUCUUCGACCUAAAUGUCAACGAGUUCCCCGUUAUGAACUUCCAUGAGCACAAGCGGGAGGCGUUUUCGGUGGCGUGGAGUCCUGUCACCAAGGACACAUUUGCCUCCAGUUCUUGGGAUGGUACCAUCAAAAUAUGGUCCCCGGCGAGGAAAGACUCGAUAAAAACGCUCCCCGUUGGGAACUGCACCUACAGCACUGCUUACUGCCCGUCCAAUCCUCAUAUAAUCUCUGCCGUAUCAACCGACUCGCAUUUGCGCAUAUUUGACCUCCGGACCCCCGUUAAUGCCCAAUACCACCUCACUACCAAGAUUCCCGUUCACGCCCCGCCCUCUAUCCCCUUGCCGCAGGGGCCCGCCCCUCCCAUCGCGCCGGGCGAGAUUCUCACGCACGAUUGGAACAAAUACAACCACACGGUGAUCGCCACCGGUGGUGUGGAUAAAGUAAUACGAACCUUCGACAUCAGGAACCCGGCAGCGGGGCCCGCAUCUGUGAUGAUGGGUCACGAUUACGCGAUUCGGAGACUGGCAUGGAGCCCGCACGCCAGCGAUAUCUUAAUCAGCGGCAGCUACGACAUGACGGUACGUUUAUGGACUGACGGGUCAACCAUGGCAGCCCAGCAAAGUGCGCCGGUGAAGACCGGGAUCCAACUCGGCGUCAUGAACAGACAUACCGAGUUCGUGACGGGCGUUGACUGGUGCUUGUUCGGUGUUGGUGGCUGGGUUGCGACGGUUGGUUGGGACGAGAAGCUACUGCUAUGGGAUGCCAACAGGAUGUUGCAAGGACAGACAUAGCGACCUCGCCGACUUAGGAAAUGGCGGACAGCGUGGUUUCUAAGGAGUCAACGGUAGGCCUGUAACCCGGGGAUUGGUAAGUCUGCUUUGGAAGGCGUUCAGGGAACCAGCCUGGUUAUUAGCUACUGAUACCAACUAUAUUUCAAGCAGUAUACAUGUAUUCAUACGACGUAGUGGAGCCCGAAUUUUGUAUGGACUCGUAAAGAACCGGCCAUUCUUGUGAAGCGAACUGUCUUUACCAAGGGAACUCUUGGUUCGAUAAGCCAGGGAACGGAUAUUUAUAGAUAUCUAUAGUAGGUAUAUAGAGCGAGCGAGAGCUAUUAACGUAAUAUCAUACAGACGAGCCCGAAAUUCCAUUAUAGGAUGACUGUAGUGCCGUUAGUACCUCGGGC